AUGGACAGUAGCCAGCUAAAAAGGAGGUCGCUAUCGCCGUGCGAAUUGGAAGGACCUGCAAGUGCGGGCGGUGUGGGACAGUUUACACCGGAGGCAGUCAAGGGUUCGGUAGAGCGUGCCCUCCAGGAGCGCGCCGCGGCAACGUUUGAUCUCCACAGGCGACUGGCAAGGGUUAUUUCGGCUGACUCGGAGGGCUACGGUUGCCUCACAGAGGAGGACGAUGACGGCGAUGUGGAGUACAAGUGGCGGCUCACAGGCAUCACCCCAAGCCGAUUUGAGCACCUUGUGACGCAGUUGCGCUUUCGCGUGGGGGAGGGCAACGGACAGUGUCUUUAUGAACUCGGUGUCGCCAAUGAUGGCUCACCGAGGGGGCUGCCACUACACGACUACCAGGAGUCUGUGAAGACGCUGAAAAAAAUGGCGCAAACACUUGGCCUUGAUGCAACGAUUUUACAAGAAUUUUUGGUGCACUCAGACCCAAUUCCACAUUGGUGUGGUGAGAUUCUCGUGACGCAGCGACAGGCGGAACUGCAGGACGGCAAAAUCGCUUUCUGUGGGACUACGGGCAGCGGAAAGUCCACGCUUAUCGGUGUAUUGCUCACUGGAUUUCUCGAUGACGGUGUGGGGAGUGCGCGGCAACUUCUUUUCAAUCACAAACAUGAGAUUUGUACGGGAAAAACAACCUCCAUCGUAGCUCGGGCCCUUCCAAUAGAUAGUAGUGAGGGAAAAAACGGGAAUGACCCUCUUCGUCCAUCAGCGCGUGGUGAUAGCUCCACACGCUCGCUUGCAAUGAUAGACCUCGGCGGAGAUGUAACAAAGCGAAUGCUUUUCGGUUUGAUGAGCCGUCGACCUGAUUUCACCGGCAUAUGUAUUUCUGUAGAACAACCGGCGGAGGAAGUCGCUCGAUACGCACGUGUCUGCCGUGCCAUGCGGUUUGCUUUUUUUGUUGUUGUUACCAAACUUGAUCUUGUACCCGACUUCGAGGUUGAUGCCUUUCUGCUUGAGUUGGCGGCGGAGCUGUCGGCGAUCGGCUGCGAUUCUGUUCUCCUGCUGGACAUCGACGGCGUGGACAGCUUCCAGAGGUCGUGGAAGCAGUCGAAUCAAGUUCCUGUGUUGCGUGUUUCCUCCGCGGAGGGAUCCGGUAUUGAGCUUUUUAGACACUUUAUCGCGUCUCUUCCCACUGGUGAGAUGCCAAUUACGCCAGAUCGAAGGUUUGAGGUUCUCCUCGACGGGAGUUUCUUUGUGCAUGGCGUCGGGCCCGUUGUGCGUGGGCACGUGGCGAGCGGUUCCGUAGAAUUGGGGCGUCACUGUCGUAUUGGGCCGGACGCGGAGGGGCGGUUUCAUCCCGUCGUAGUUCAAGGAAUCCACGUGGGCGGGUCACAUGUCACGCGCGUGCGGCCCCCGGACGAGGCCACGUUUGCCUUGUCCAAUCUACCGAGCAGCGUGGACAUGACGCGAAAGGGAAAGCUCUUAAUUCCAACCUCGGUUGAGGUUUCUUGGGCGUUUGAGGCACGUAUAAAAGUGCUCUCGCAGGGCAUCACGCCUCGGCUGCAGCCAAUUCUUUACACAGGCAACCUGCGUCAGGCCGUGAGGAUUAUUUCUCCGUUGCCCAAAGAUGCAGCAGCGUUCGGCAAUGGAUGUAUAGUGCGGUUUCAGUUUUUGUACCACCCUGAGGUGCUGCGGGAAGGCGCCAGUGUCAUUCUUCAGUGGAAUCCAGAAGGCAUAGCUGUUGGGGAGAUACUCACUCUGUUUUCGCGCCACCAGACUCCAGAGGCGGAUUAG